UUUCAUCUCCAGCUCAGCCACGCUUCAUUCAGACGACACACAGACACCCUGCAGGGGCCGCGCGUCACCCUCAUGGGCAACCAAAAGAAUCCCUGGAUCUCUGUGCUGCUCUUAGCGGGUCUUCUACACAAAGUUAGCGGACUAUCCGAUACCCAGGUCUGUAUCCCAGCUGUGAGCGACACUAUACACAACUAUGGUGUAAAAAUCCUAAAUGGAACCCAGUACAUCCCAUUCUCCCAUUAUGCUGGAAGGCAUGUGCUCAUUGUCAACGUGGCCACCUACUGAGGACUCACCUUCCAGUAUGUGGAACUGAAUGCACUGCAACAGGAGUUCAGAGAUGUUGGAUUCACUAUCCUCGGGUUUCCAUGCAACCAGUUUGGGAUGCAAGAGCCCGGGGAAAAUAAUGAAAUUCUUUCUGCAUUAAAGUAUGUCCGUCCAGGCAAUGGAUUUGUUCCAAAUUUCCAGAUAUUUGAGAAGGUGGAUGUGAAUGGAGUCAACGAGCACGCUCUUUUCACAUUUUUAAAGAAUGCCUGCCCUCCUGUGGGAGACAGCUUCGGUAACCCCAUCAACAGAUUGUUUUGGGAACCUCUGAAAAUCAACGACAUCAAGUGGAACUUUGAGAAGUUUCUGAUUGGUCCAGACGGCAGACCUAUAAUGAGGUGGUUUCCCAGAGUGAACGUAUCUGAAGUUAGGGCAGACAUCUUGAAAUACUUCCAUCAGCUCGUUCAAAAGGCUGAUUAACUUAAAAACAGUGGUUUUAAUUGUACAUUCAUCUCUCUCUACGGAAUAAUGCGUGUUAAAAUUGGAAAAACGGUUUCUGCAGGUUUUAUAAAGGGAAAUUUAAAAAUUUAUAAAAAGAGAAUAUGAGGAAUAAAUGGAGUUAAAGUGAUUGAAUGUGCGGCUGAGUAUUUCUUGUUAUCCAGUUCAAAUGUCUAAAGAUGAUUUGUAUA